UAUUCGUUCUUCCGACCACCUCUCUCUCUCUCUCUCUCCCUCUCCUUCUGUGUGUGAUGGAGAAAGACGACGUGAAGGAGCCGUUUCUUCUCCGGGCAACGGCGGCGGAGCAGGCGGGAGGCUCCGCUCUGUCAUUGUCAUCCUCCGCCGCGUUAACAGUCGGAGACGGCGACAUACCUCCGAUCUCCGGCUUCGGAGACUUCGUCAGGGAGUUUAACGUGGAGUCCAAGAAGCUUUGGUACCUUGCGGGGCCCGCGAUUUUCACGUCACUGAGUCAGUACUCACUCGGAGCCGUGACUCAGGUCUUCGCUGGACACAUCAGCACUCUCUCCCUCGCCGCCGUCUCCGUCGAGAACUCCGUCAUCGCCGGCUUCUCCUUCGGCAUCAUGCUGGGGAUGGGAAGCGCGUUAGAAACGCUAUGCGGGCAAGCGUUCGGAGCCGGGAAGCUGUCGAUGCUCGGCGUUUACCUGCAGCGUUCGUGGGUGAUCCUAAACGCAACCGCAAUCAUCCUCUGCCUCCUCUACGUAUUCGCGGCGCAGAUUCUCGCGUUCAUCGGCCAAACGCGGAGUAUCUCCCAAGCCGCGGGACUGUUCUCCAUCUACAUGAUCCCACAGCUCUUCGCCUACGCCUUAAACUUCCCGACGGCGAAGUUCUUGCAAGCUCAGAGCAAGAUCAUGGCCAUGGCGGUUAUCUCCGCGGCGGCGCUUGUGAUGCACGCUCUCUUUAGCUGGGUCACGGUGGCGAAGCUCCGCUGGGGGAUGGAGGGAUUGGCGGCGGUGCUGAACGGAUCGUGGUGGUUCAUCGUGGUGGCUCAGAUCGCUUACAUACUCGGCGGCACGUGCGGUGAGUCUUGGUCGGGGUUCUCUUGGGAAGCGUUCCACAAUCUUUGGAGCUUUGUCAGGCUGUCUCUUGCUUCUGCUGUCAUGCUCUGUUUGGAGGUGUGGUAUUUCAUGGCGCUCGUAUUAUUCGCUGGAUAUUUGAAGAACGCUGAGGUCUCCGUUGCCGCGCUCUCCAUAUGCAUGAACAUCUUGGGAUGGGCCGCCAUGGUGGCUAUUGGGACCAAUGCAGCCGUAAGUGUGAGGGUAUCAAACGAGUUAGGAGCCAACCAUCCAAGGACGGCGAAAUUCUCCCUAGCGGUGGCAGUGAUAUCAUCCACAAUGAUCGGAAUCGCCAUAUCGGCCGUUCUUCUAAUCUUCCGGGAACGAUACCCUUCGUUUUUCACGGACGAUGAAGCGGUCCGAGACAUGGUUAGAGAGCUCACACCAAUGCUUGCCCUUAGCAUCGUCAUCAACAACGUUCAGCCCGUCUUAUCUGGGGUUGCGGUGGGCGCUGGAUGGCAGGCAGUGGUUGCAUACAUCAACAUAGGGAGCUACUAUUUCCUCGGAAUCCCUCUGGGAUCGGUUUUGGGUUACAAGCUUGAUUUCGGCGUAACGGGAAUUUGGAGCGGAAUGUUGAUGGGAACCGUAAUUCAAUCGAUGAUCAUAACGUGGAUGAUCUGUAAGACCAACUGGGACAAAGAGGCUACAAUGGCUGAAGAAAGGAUAAGAAAAUGGGAAGGAGGUUCAGAUUCAGAGGAUAACACCUUAAACUGAACCAGAAGACUGUCCUAUGUGUCGUUUAUGUAUACAUUUACAUACAUAUAUAUACACAAACUGCCAGUUUCAACAGGA